AUGCCCGCCGGCCUCGACAGCCAGCAGCUAGACGCUGUCUUCCAGUCACGGCCAGACAUUCUUCAGGGCAUUAAGAAAGCAGCCGACACUCCCGCCCGCAUCGCUCUUUUUAACAACAUCGCAAACUUCGUCCACGAGCAGAUCAACGGACCAGAACCUGCAUCGAAACGUAGACGGGUAGACGAGGGUCCCACGAACGGAUUCAAAGCGACGAACAAAAACGACGCGACUCCGAACGCUGCGCCCAAAAGCACCGGCACCGGCACCGGCAAUGCAGCCGAUGAAGAGGUCCUUCUCGAGAUCAAGGAAAUCUCCGUCUCGGUGCCGCAGCGUAAGAAGUACGACCUCUGUUUCACAGCGAACCACCUGUAUGCCCGCGUACCCAACACUACCGCUCCCGUAGAGGGCAUUGUUUACGCCUGGGAAGACAUUGAAUAUGCAUUCUACCUCCCUGUGCCCGAAAAAACCCAGGUGCAGCACAACUAUGUCCUGUUCCCGCGCGGAACCUGCCUCCCUACAAAGACCUCGCCCGAGAAGGAAGCGCUGGUGUUUACAGUGCCGUUCACCCCCCCCAAGCAGGGCACAAUCGGCGGGCCCAGAGCGAGUGCUGCCUCGGCAGUCUCCGAUACUUACCGCGCCCUCUUCGAUUGGGCGCUGACGACACAUCUCAGCUCCGCUGGGAAUAGGGCCGAGAUCGUUGCAGCGGACCCUAGCAAAUUUCAUAGCCUCGUCCGCCAGCCGCAUAGGCCCAUUGAGAAGGCGGUCCACGUCAAGGCCUUCCGCGGGUCCAAGGAUGGAUAUCUUUUCUUCCUGCCCAACGGCAUCUUCUACGGCUUCAAGAAGCCCCUCGUUUUCCUGCCCAUUGACCGUAUCGUGGCCUUCAGCUACACGAACGUUUUGCAGCGCACGUUCAAUAUCGUCGUUGAGGUCUUCACAGAGGGUGACGCGAAGGAAGAAAUCGAAUUUGGCAUGCUAGACCAAGAAGACUACGCUGGCAUCGACGAGUCAUACGUCAAGCGUCACGGACUACAAGAUCGCAGCAUGGCGGAGCAGAGAAAGGCAAAGAUGGAGCUGACGGAGAACUUGAAGGCGAAGAAGGCAGCUGAUGCGGAGGCCGGCGCGAACGGCGAUGUUGAUGACAAUGGCAUGACGGAGCUAGAGAAGGCUCAACUAGAAGCGGAGCAGGCUCUUCAGGAGGAUGAGGAUGAGGAUGAAGAGGACUACGACCCUGGCAGCGAAGGUGAGAGUGAAGGGUCGGGGUCAAGUGACGACGACGACGAUGAUGACGAUGAUGAUGAGGCUGAAGGGGAUGAGGAUGACGAGAUGGCUGAAGAGUAG